AGAAGUCAGGGUUUGUGAGUCUGUGACCAUUUAUUCCCAAAACAGAACAGAAUAGAAUAGAAUAGAAUGUUGUUCUUGAUCAGUUAUUCUGAUUGUCUUAAAAACAACCUUUUUUCCAGUGAAUGUAUCCUUUAUUCUGAAACAGUGAGGGUGUUCUAACAGCAGAGUUGCUGAUUAGCUGAGGCUCUUACAUGCUGGAGUGUGAAACCUGAAACCAAGGGAGGGGAGAGAAACAGAGGAAGAAAGAGAGACUUUCUCUUUUGAGUACAGUAAAUUUAAAGAGAGAGGAAGAGUGUGCUUAAUGUGUAGAGAAUGCAAGAGGUUUGGGACAGAGAGAAACUGAGGGGAGUAUGCAGAGAGAGAGAGAGAGAGAGAGAGAGGGAGAGGGAAAAUGUGAGUCAGGAGGGAGGGAAGUAAAGAGGAGAGGUGAUGUCAAAGCAGUUGAGCUCAGAGAGUAAACAGAGUUUAAGACUGCAGCAUGUGUUUAUCUGUUCAGCUGAAGGGGCGCAGCCAGCGGGCAGGCCACAAUCUCUUCUCAAACCACAUCUCUGUACCCUGCAGUACCCUACUCAUCAUCUUCCUCCUGUCAGCUCAGGGGACAGCCUGGCCGUAUGAUUACAGGUUCCUGUACAACUACUGUCCAGGGCCCGAGUGGAGUGUGAUGUGUAGGGGAUGCUGUGAAUAUGAUGUCAUCCACUGUAAAUGUCCUCUUCAAGGGACUUCGGUAGGUUAUGCAGUGCCAUGCUGUCGUAAUGCUGUAAAUGAAUGCGAUCCCUGCAUCAUCCAUCCUGGCUGCAGCAUAUUCGAGAACUGCAAGCGCUGUAACAAUGGCACAUGGGGCCCAAGGGAUGAUUUCUUUGUAAAAGGGCAGUACUGUGCAGAGUGUCGCCCAGGCUGGUCUGGUGGGGACUGUUUAACAUGUGGAGGAGUGAUUCAUAAGAGGCAAGGUCACCUGGUUCUGGAGAGUUACCCAAACAAUGCCCGCUGCGAGUGGACACUAAAAGUAGACCGGCCUUUCACCAUUGAUCUGAGGUUCAUGAUGCUCAGUUUGGAAUUUGACCACAGCUGUCAGUAUGACUAUGUUGAAGUGAGAGAUGGAGAGAGCUUGAACUCACGUGUGAUUGGACGUUAUUGUGGAAAUGAGCGACCACCUCCAAUCAAAAGCACUGGCAAUUCCUUGCAUAUUCUUUUCAUCUCAGAUGGUUACAAGAACUUUGAUGGGUUUUUUGCCAUCUUUCAGGAGAGCUCAGAAUGCAUAUCCUCUCCAUGUCUGCAUGAUGGCACCUGCAUCGUAGACUCCUCUCACUCCUUCCACUGCGCCUGCCUGGCUGGAUAUACUGGAAAGAGAUGUGAACAUGUGCUUGAGUGCAGAAGGCCUUUGGUUCCAGCCCACGGGACUAUAGAGCAUCUGGAUGUAAGGGUUGGAGGACAUGCUGUCUUCCAGUGUGACCCUGGAUACACAUUAAAGGGUUUCAGGAUGGCCACCUGUUUAUUGGAUGGGUCAUGGAGUACACCAAGUCCACAGUGUGUGCCUGACCAAAACUGCGGGAUUCCUCCAAAGCCAGAGCAUGGUGAUCACUUCCUUGUUUAUGGACCAAAUGAUGUACUUAUUGCUAUACAGUAUUUCUGCUAUAAGCUAUACAAACUGAAUGGAACCCCUCAGAGAACCUGUCUGGGCAAUAACACUUGGAGUGGGACAGCACCAACCUGUGUCAAAGAGCUGGACAUAAUUCCUGCAGCAGAUAAUGAACAAAAAGGCAAACACAAACCUUCCGGACAAGACCAAGCGGGCCAUGCCAAGAACAAAACUUCACAAGAAAAAGAAAACGAGUCAAAAACAGUCAAAGAUAUAAAACCACAAAAACCUACCCCUGGAAAGGAUAAUGUGGGACGAGAUGGAAAGUUUGGUGAAGACAUGGGCAUAGAUUUUGGCAGCAAUUUUGUAAAAGAAAAACCUAAAGUUGAAAACAAAGAUGCUGAUAGCAGCAUUAACACAAUCAGAAAGAAGGAAACUGAAGAGGAUAAGGACACUCUUAAACCCUUUGACAAAGAUGCACAUUUAGAUAUCGGAAAGAAAGUUGGAAGCCCAACAAAAGAUUUGGGCAUGGAAUAUAUAGAUUUUGUUUUGAUAGACAAUAGGAUGGCCAAUAAUCAGACAACGAAGGCUGACAAAACCAAGGAUGGUGGAAUGGACAAAGGACAAAAAAGAACUGAUGGACCUCAAUAUACAAUAUUAAGCCUGACUGAAAAUGAGAAAGACAACAUUCUUUAUGAAAUAGAUACCAUACACAAAGGGAAUAACACUCAAUUUUUCAAUAGGAAUGACAUAGAAAAUUCGGAGACACUGCUUGAAGAAACUGAACAACUCCCAACAACUACUACUGGAAAUAAUAGCACAACAGUCAUACCAACAAUGAGCAAAACAAUUGACAAAAUGACAAUGAUGGUUAAACCUAUGGAAAAGGUCAAAGUGGAUGCAGUGAAUGAAAAGACAACAGAACAGGAUUUACAACAAGAGACAAAAAAAGAAUCUCAACAAAACACAGACAUGGAAGAUGGUGAAGGGAGACCAUGUCUUCGACUGUCACCAUUGUAUAAUGGUUACUAUAAGUUGGUUCCUGACCUCCUUCCAGAAACAGUGGAGUUCUUCUGUAACCAAUCUUAUGCUCUGAGUGGCAGCGCACGGAGGACAUGUCAGCCAAAUGGCACCUGGUCUGGCACGCAGCCCAUCUGUAUGAGAGCCUGUCGAGAGCCCAAAGUAUCUGUGCUGGUGAAACAGAGAGUUCUACAUCCCCAUAUCCCAUCCAGGAAAACACCUGUGCAUAAGUUUUAUUCUUCCUCUGGAGUGACCAAUUUCUUAAGGGAAGUGCAGCCCACCCAGGCCCCUUUCACCAUGCCCCCGCUCCCACAGGGGUUUCAUCAUGUCUACACACACAUUGAGUAUGAGUGUAUGUCACCUUACUACCAGCACUUUGGAAGUGCACGCAGAACCUGUCUGAAGAUGGGAAAGUGGAGUGGACGUCAUGUUUCUUGUUCGCCUGUGUGUGGGAAGCUGACAAACUUUGACCCUCAGAACCCUUCUGAGACUAACUGGCCCUGGCUGGCUGCCAUCUACCGUUUGCCUGUUGCAAGCAAACUAGGGAAGUUAAGUGUGACCAAGACAAUGGGAGCAAACACUGAACUGAUGGAAGAAGAGAGUGACAUGGAUGGUUGGCAGCUUGUUUGCAGCGGAGCCCUGGUGAACCAGCGAAGUGUGGUUGUAGCUGCCCACUGUGUCACAGAGCUGGGGAAAUUAUAUCCACUUGACACGGCCAAAAUCAGGGUAGUGCUUGGCAAACAGUAUCGCAGUGAUCUGAGAGUGACCAAGGGACUGCAACGAUUACGGGUAUCUUCCAUCACUCUACAUCCAAACUAUGAUCCCCUGGUGCUGGAUUCAGAUGUGGCCGUAUUGAAGCUCUUGGACAAGGCUCGUAUUGGAGAAUAUGUGCUACCGAUCUGCCUACCAGAUGCUCGUGAUACAGAAGAAGACUCCAGACAGAGGAUGGUGACAGGCUGGUCCCUCUUACCUGACCAGAAGGCUGAAGAUGCUGAGAAAGCACGUGUGGGCCGCGUGAUUCUGGGGGAUGUUGUUCAGUGUGAGCAGCAAUAUGCCGGUUAUGGUGUUCCUAUCAGUGUGUCUGAAAACAUGCUGUGUGGGCGACAGGGUUCUGGUGUGGAACAGUCAAACAUUUGCCCUGCUGACACUGGAGGGAUUCUUAUUUUGCCUCCAGUCUCCUCAGGCUCUAGUCUGACACCUCCACAUGGACAGGGCUCACUGGAGUGGAAACUUUUAGGGUUGGUCAGUUUUGGAUAUGAUUCUUUAAACUGCAACCCAGAGCUUUACACCGUGUACACACAUGUUGCUAAUUUUGUCAGCUUUAUAGAGGAAAAUAUGACAUAGGCUUACAUACGAUAUUACAUCUAAUCUCUGUCUCAUUUAUAUUAUUUCAUUCAUUUUCUUCUAUCCAUUAUAAUACUGCAUUAAUGUAUAGGCUUAAAUACACUGGACUAUGCAGUGCACAGACAUAUAAGACAUGGACUUAAUUUAAACCUUAUUGUAACCAUUAUAAGGGAAAUAGUCCUAAAACAACAUGGUCCUAAAACAAUAUUUUAAUGUUUCGGGAAAAAGUCCUAAAACACCAACACUGAGCAGCUUCCUAUUCAUGAUGGCCCUCAGUCUCUCAGGUGAUAUUUGCUUUGACUAAUCUUAUAAAUGUACAUAAAUUGUAAUGUUGUAUUUACCACUGUAAGCGCUAUUGAAAGAUGUAUAAUAGAUGUAUAUAUUUACAAACAUUUCACAAUACAUUCUUAUUGGGAUAACCCAGAUAAGAAUCAUAACUCAUGGAUAUGCACUGCAGUGACAAAAUUACAACAAAUCAAAUACUACAACAGAGAGAGUAUAGUAUACCAAAUGUCAAAAUUUGAUUGAUGACCCGUCAUAAAAAUUCUGUGUUCAAAAAAACUAUGUGCUUUAAACUUUAAAAUGUGAAACGAUGUAUUGGUCGUUAAACGGGAUCAAGGGAAGUUUUUAUUAAAGUUUUUCACACACACAUUUGAAGAAAAAACAUCUAACAUACAUGCAAUAUGAGCAAUGUAAUAACUGUGUUUUAGGAAUUUUAGGAAAGGUAGAGUUUGACAAAGUUAAAAAAAAAGAAGAGUCGACCAUCUUGUGUCGAUCGAAACAAAAAAAGUAUUAGACACGUUUGUUAAACAAUACAGUGGUUGUCAAAAUCUUGUAGUCUAACAUUAAAAUUUUAAAAAGGUAGAGUUUGUUACAAGUAAAAUAAAGAAAAGAUUGUUAAACAAUAGGCAGUUGUCAAAACCUUGUAACAUUACAAUUUUAGGAAAAGCAAACUUUUGUCACAAGUUAGAUAAGAGAAAGCAUCUUACACAUUGUCUGCGACAUCUUCUCACUCAGCGCUGUCAAAACUCAGAAUGAACUUAAGAGCGCAGAGGUCAAGCCACACCCACAACCCACCCCUAAGACCGGUGGAGAGACCAACAUAAAGAUAGAUUUAAACGUAUGGCAAAAGAAAUAAACAUAAUAAUGUUUUUAAAAUUAAACAGUUGUUUUAAAUAAAUCUUUGACAUUUCUUAAUUGAUGAAAGCAUUCUUUCUGUUUUUAACAUUAAUAGCCUACAAGUUCGAGUUUUUCAUUUUAAAGAUCAAACACAAACAUGCAAACUCAAAAAUGCAUGCAAAAUCUACAUGAUUAUGAAAAGCAGUAUGAUUAAACAAUGAUAUAACUUUUGUUUUAACGCAUAUGUUUUUCAGAUCUUUCAAACCUAAAACCAUGAUGCUCUAAAGCAAGGAUUAGAUGCAGUCAAAUGAUCCUCUGAUGAAUGCAAGGCGAUUACAGAGAUUUUUCUUUAUGAAUUAGACCUAAAUUAGACUGAAAAUUAGUUGUAAGGUUGUUUGCAACAAAAGUAAUUCUUAAACAAGGUGCUACAAAUGUCUCACAGAAUCUUUACAGCAGAUUAGACUUUCUUUCUCACUUUAAAAAUGGUAUUAACCAUGGUAUUUAAAUGCAGCAUAUUUAUUUUUCACAGUAUAAUAUUUUAUUUUAUUAAAAUAAAAACAACUGGUCUAUAUAGGUUUAUUUUACUAAGAGUUGAUCAAAUAAUUGAUAGAAGAAAUAAUUAAAAUAAUCAAUAAGUCCAACUUAUUAACCCCACCUGAUGUGUCUGAUGGUGUGUGAUGACAUAAAUAUCUUACUGAUACAGAUGUGUUAAGAAUCUGUAAAAAUAGUUUAAAAAGUCAUCUUUUUUAGCUUUCAUGUAGGAUUCAUGUCCACACUCAAGUGGUUUUUGUGUAAUGGAGUCCUGAGACAAAAGAAAAUAGAAUGCUUGAAAGACUUUUCUCUUUAAGAUAUUUGUAAUGACAGACUAAAAGCUUUAGAUUGAUAAAAAAAAAUGAGUGUAUGCAUUUCUCUUGAAUAUGUAUACAGUAAUCAGUGAAUACAUGAACCAGUAUAAAUACAUAACCUCAUCAAUUCAGCAUGAUUCUAUCAUAUUAAUCAAUAAAAAAUACUUAAUUUAUAUACCAUAUCUGACUUUCUUAUGACUUUUUUAAAUGUGUUGAACAACCAGUUUUUGGGGUAAAAACAUAUAGUGUUGUGUUUCUAAGUUAGGAUGCUUGUAGUUUGUAGUUAAUCACAUUUUUAACCUUUUUAACUCUAAAAAUGUGAACAAUAUCACUUAAGACUAGUUUGACAAUCAAGGGUAUACUCAUAAAACAAGCCUGGACCCAAUUUGCAGCAUUCUAACAACAAGUACAACCAUUGCAGAAAAUGUAUUAUAGCACCGCAGUAAGAUAUAACUCUGGAUGUGUGAUUGACCAACUUAUCAAGAUUCAACAUAUUAUUACAAGGCCCUGCCUACCUAGUUUAUGAUGAAACUAAAAAAAUAUAGGCGUGAGCUAACAGUCGUUAAAAAUACUGGUCAUGUUCAAUUAGAUGAAGACAUGCAGAGGUAGCGAACACAACAAACAUACCCCUUGGGGUCAUGAAGCAAACUG